AUGGCUUCUCAAGAUGAUGGACCAUCCGAGAGCAGGAAAACGGACCCUGGAUGGAAGUACAAUCAUCUGAGGAAUCCUGAUGAUAAAAAUGCCGUUUCAUGCAACUUUUGCAAGAAGAUCACAAAAGGUGGAAUUUUUCGUGCUAAACUACACCAAAUUGGAGGAAACAGAAACGUCAAGUCAUGUACGAGGUGUCCACAAGAGGUUAAAGACGAGUUGAAGGCGUAUGUUGCGAGCCAAAAGGCCAAGAAAACAAAUGAUGGGUUGGCUGAUUUGGCUGAUGAACAGGAGGAUGAUGAAGUUAUAGAGAUACCAACUCAGCAAAAUAAGAGGCAGAAGACUAAUUUGAAGGGGCCAUUAGAUGUCAUGUGGUCAAAAGGUAAAGGAAAACAAGUUCAAACAAGCAUCAAGGAUGCUUGUAAUAAAGAGAUCCGAGCCCAAACAAUUCAGUCCAUUGCAGCGUUUUUCUACCAGGCUGGGGUUGCUUUUAAUGUGGCUAAUAUGAACUGCUUUAAAGAGAUGCUUGCGGCUGUUGGAAACUAUGGGCCGCAUUUAAAGCCUCCAUCAUACCAUGAGCUUCGCGUUCCUUUACUAAACAAUGAGGUCCAACAUGUGGAGGAGUGGGUCGAAACUCAUAGAACUGAGUGGAUGAAGUACGGUUGUUCGGUAAUGUCGGAUGGAUGGACAGAUAGGAAGCAAAGAACGUUGAUUAACUUUCUUGUCAACGGUUCUAAAGGAACGGUGUUUAUGGAGUCCGUUGAUGCAUCGUCGUAUAUGAAGACUGGUGAAAAGGUUUUUGAGCUCCUAGAUGGGUUUGUGGAAAGGAUUGGAGAACAAAAUGUUGUUCAAGUUAUUACCGACAAUGGGGCCAACUUUAAGCUAGCAGGUAAAAUGUUAAUGGAAAAGCGGAAAAAUCUGUUUUGGACACCAUGUGCAGCGCACUGCUUGGAUCUAAUGCUAGAAGAUAUCGGUAAGAUUCCGGAUGUGAAAAGAACUAUUGAACAAGCUAUCUUCGUUGUUGGUUAUAUUUAUAACCAUACUUUUGUCUUGAACUUAAUGAGGGAGUUCACUAAAAACAACGAGCUAACAAGGAGUGGAGUAACAAGGUUUGCAACCACGUUUCUUACAUUACAAAGCUUGCAAAAACAAAAAGCUGCACUUAGAAACAUGUUUGCUAGCGAACAGUGGACGACAAGUAAAUGGGCUGAAGAACGUAAGGGAGCAAGAGCGAAUGACAUUGUUUUUACCCCAACUUUCUGGAACAAUGUCCUGUUCACUCUAAAAAUCAUGGGUCCUCUUGUUCGAGUGCUUAGAAUCGUCGACAAUGAGAAAAAACCCGCGAUGGGUUACGUGUACGAAGGUAUGGAACGAGCAAAAACUGCAAUUGCAGCCGCUUUAGGAGGAGAAGAUAAUGCAGAAUACAUUGUUGUGUCGGGAAUUAUUGACAAGAGAUGGAACUGCCAGCUUCACCAUCCCUUGCACGCAGCGGGUUACUAUCUUAACCCAGAGUUUUAUUGCUACAAUGUUGACAUUGAAAGCGAUAACGAAGUGUCCCUUGGACUACAUGAAUGUAUUAACAAGCUCGAGCCUAACAAGGACACACAAGAUAAGAUUAACGUUGAGUUGAUUCAUUGGGUGAACCAGUCUGGAUUUUUUAGUCUAGAAACAGCAAAGCGACAACAUGCUGAAUGGUGGAAGUUGUAUGGGAAAGGCACUCCAAAUUUGCAACAACUAGCUAUUAGAGUGCUAAGUUUAACGUGCAGUUCAUCCGGGUGCGAACGAAACUGGAGCACAUUUGAGCAUGUAAGUAUUCCAAUAUAAAAUUUAAUUAUGAAUUAUGAUUGAGCGUUU